AUGCUACAAGACGUGACAACGAGAGUUAGUAGCACAGUGGGCAUGACGGAACACUUCAAAGUAAAGGUCGGCUUACACCAGGGAUCGGCACUUAGCCCACUGCUAUUCAAUAUAGUAUUUGAUGUCAUCACGGAUAAUGUAAGAGAAGAACCACCAUGGUGCGUAUUGUACGCUGAUGAUAUUGUGCUAGUGACAGAAAGUAGAAGAGUGCCAGAAAGAAAACUAGAAGAAUGGAGUCAGAACAGCCUUAAUUUACGGCCUAGAAGCAGCCCACUGAAGAAGUUAGAGGAAAAGAAGUUAGACGUAGCUGAGAUGAAGAUGUUUGAGAUGGAUGGUUGGAGUCACAAGAAGAGAUAG